AGGCACACAAGUUCCCCAACCGGGGAGCAUAACCUCCAAAAAAAAACUUAGAUAUCGAGACUUCUUGUGAGAAGAAUUACGAACUUUUAUUUAAUAGAAAUUACAAGCUGUGAACAGUUUAACGCAUGCAAGACAAAAGGUUUUCUGUGGAUCCUGUUAGGAAGCAGCAAUGGAUAAAAAUAAUGAAACUUGAACAUAAAAAGCUUUACAGAGGAAGUUAUCUAUGUUCUCUUCAUUUUGAAAAAAAGUAUUUAAACCAUUUGACGAUGAAUGUCAGAUUGAGAAAGGAUGCUAUUCCACAUCUUUCAGAUGAACAGCCUGAUGACGUUGAUGACAAAGAUGAAAUAGAUUUGACAUCUGUGGAUACAAGUGAUGAUGAUUUAAAUACCAGGGACAUGAAAAUACUAAAAGAUGAUGAUACUGAAGCCCUUCCUGCUGAUACUUAUUUAAUGUGUGAUAAGGCAACAAACACACCACCCUUAUUGUUGCAAGAAGCACGAGAAACGAGCAGAAAGCGAUCAACGAAUGAAAAAGGAACCAGCGUUUCGCCGGAAAGAAUAUGGAGUUGCUCGGCUGCACGGUCAAUUCAAGAAGCAAAUUUUGUAGCGGUUAAAAAUUUGAAGAGGGAAAUUAAACAUCUAGAGCAAUUGGUUAAAGUAAAAGAAAAGAAAAUUUUAACUUUCAAAAGUAUACUGGCCGAAUUAAAGUAUAUCAGCAGUGACGAAGAUUUAACGUGAUAAAUCGAAAAUAGAAAAUUAAUUACCAUCGAAAAAGAAACGAAGGAAAGAAGAACACAAUUGAAACAUGAGUGACGAGUAAUUUAUUGGUUACACGAGACAUGAGUAACUUAUUGAUUUUGCUUUAAUUAAGUGCGCAGCGAGCUUACAGAUUUCUUUGUAGUAUAGAAAUCUGUGAGCGUCGUGUUUCUGUUUUCUCCUUUCUGAUACUGCUCUCCCGCGUCUUGUAAAAAUUUGUAAAAAUGGAUGAAAAAUAUUCUUCUGACGCACGCAGCCAGUAAAAGUUGCAAAAGGUAUCGUAAAUGACAAUCAAUUUAUGCAGUUCAUAAGCACUCUGAAUUUAUUUUAUUUUCUUGGAAAAGGCAGUGAUAAGAACCACAGUAAAACUAAUGAAAUAUUAAAUAUUAAAAUUGUUAUUUAACAAGUAUUUUUUUAAAUUAAACUUUUAACUUUUCAUUAAAUAUAGAACGUUUUCGUCGAUUUGUGGGAGUGCUUUAUACUUAUGACCAAAGCUGUAUUCCACACAGAAUAUUUUAGACACAGAUAUAAUAUGACAUUAUAACUUUUUUCGUCAUUUAUAAGUCACAAAUAAUGUAAGAUUUUUCUUUAUCAUUAUAACAUCAUUUGACUUUCAGUUCUAUUUGUAUAUUGUAUAUACAUAAAAAAUGCAUUAUUAUAAUAAGAAUGUAUGUUUUGUAAA